GCAGUCUGAGACUCUGAGGGGCCGUAUGAAACAUAACGAAUGCUGUGGGCCAGUUCUCACUUCUCUCACUCGCUUUUGAGCUCUUGACCUUUUAUAAGUGGCCACUGCCCACUGGCCAGUCCUCACCAGAUCUACUCUUCUUAUCCUUCUCCUGUUCCUCGUUAAAUAAGUGGACUUAGGAAAGUUCAUCGUCCCACUCGCUCACCGCCUUACCACUUAAUUAAUUCAGACCUCGUUCCGUUUCUUCUUCACUUCUUGUUCUUUUGUUCAAUACUUCAAUUGAUGCUUCUGGUGUGAGAGAACUUGGAGGAACAAAAACAGGAAGAGAUGAAGCAGCGUCGUCGAAGUGAAUCGGCCAAGCUCGAUCGGAAGAUUAUUGAGAGAAAUAGAAGAAUCCACAUGAAGGGUCUCUGUUUCAAACUUGCCUCUCUCAUCGCUAAGCACCAUAACGCCUCUAAGGAUGCAUCGUCGGAAGGAGACAAAUUAGACUUAGAUCAUGCUAUCAGCUAUAUAAAGCAAUUGCGAGAAAGAGUAGAAGAACUCAAGGGAAGGAAGCAAUUCACAAUGAGCAUCAAAGGGAUAAACACUGACUUCAGAGACACAAUGAAAAUCGAGUUUACAUUGCCCAUACUCGAACUUCGAGACUUGGGUCCCAAUCUAGAGGUCCUUCUGGUUAGUGGGUUCGACAAAAAUUUCCUAUUUUAUGAAGUAAUUAGUCUUCUUGAGGAAGAAGGAGCUGAAGUCGUGAAUGCCAGUUUCUCCUGUAUUGGUGAUAAGAUCUUCCACACAAUUCAUGCCCAGGUCACUAGUUCUGGAGUUGGCAUGGAGAUUUCAAGGGUACGUGAGAGGUUGAAGGAUUUGGUUCUUUCAAUGUUGUCUACAUCUUUUAUUAAUUAAAUCCGACUAUAGAAACUGCCUUACAUAGCAGCAUAAAAUAGGGGUGUGAUAAUCUUGGGCAAGGCGAUGGGCAGAAGUAACCGAUUGUGAUACGGUUGUAAUUAGUUGAUUUGGGUCCUAUAUAUAGCCCACCCAUGAAGCCCGAAAAAAAAAACGAGGAUUAUUCAUCCCAUAUUACUAGGACAGUUGAACAGGACAAGCAAAGACCUGAUCAAUUAAUCAAAUUUAUGAACGUUUAGAGAGAGAUCUUGUAAACAUUUAGGGGCGUUCAUCAAACAUGUAUGAUUUUAUUUUUCAAAAAUAUAAACAACUGCAGC